AGCAACCUGGGCAUCCCACCCGGCCCUGCUCGCCUGGCUGGCUGCCUUUCCCGUGUGUGCGUCCCAGGCGGCAUCAUGCUGCAGCAGAUCCUGCAUGACAUGUACAUUGACCCUGAGCUCCUCGCCGAACUCAACGAUGUGCAGAAGCACAUUCUCUUCUAUAAGAUGCGGGAGGAGCAGCUGAGGCGCUGGAGGGAGCGGGAGGCUUGGGAGGCCCUGGCCCAGGAGGAGGGACUCAGGCCCCCAAAGGCCAAGCGAGGUAUGUGGCUGGGAGCAGCGAGUGACAAGCACAUCCAGUGGCUCCUGGGGGCAGACGGCGAGGUCUGGGUCUGGAUCAUGGGAGAAGGCCCCGGGGACAAGCCCUACGAAGAGAUCUCCGAGGAGCUGAUUGCAGAGAGGGCGCGGCUGCAGGCACAGAGGGAGGCCGAGGAGCUCUGGAGACAGAAGGAGGCAGAGAUCACCAGGAAGUUUCGGGAUGCUCUGGCCAAUGAGAAAGCCCGGAUCCUGGCGGAGAAGUGGAAGGUGGAGAUGGAAGAUCGCAAGGCUGCCAAAGUCCUGGAGGAACGCAUCCACGAGGAAUUCAAGAGGAAAGAGGAAGAGGAGAGGAAGCGAGGCGAAGAGCAGAUUCGCCUCCAGGAAGAGCAGAGGGCGAAGGAGCUCUACUGGACCCUGAAGCAGGCCCAGCUGCACUGCCAAGCCAGCGAGAAGGAGGAGCGCGAGUGGGAAGAGCAGCUGCGCCGUUCCAAGGCUGCUGAUGAAGAGAGGAGUCGCCGAGCCCAGCGCGCCCGGGACGAGUACCGGCGCCACUCGCUCCGCGCCAUCCAGAAGGGCACCGUCGCCGGCCUCAGCUCCAUGUUCCGAGAGCUCGGCCAGAGCCACGAGCGGGAGGCUCCGGGCCCGGGGCCGCCGCAGCCCCUCCCUGUGCGGGUCAGCCGCACUUGGGAGCGCCCGCUGCGUCCCGUGUCCAGAGAUGUCAUCGUGCGCUGGUUUAAGGAGGAGCAGCUGCCUCGCCGAGCCGGCUUUGAGAGGAGCACCAAAUCCAUCGCCCCCUGGUUCCAUGGGAUUAUUAGCCGAGAAAACGCAGAAGACCUCCUGGAGAACAUGACCGAGGGAGCCUUUCUGGUCCGGGUCAGUGAGAAAAUCUGGGGUUACACCCUCUCCUACCGCCUGCAGAAGGGGUUCAAGCACUUUCUUGUGGAUGCCUCUGGGGAUUUUUACAGCUUCCUGGGAGUGGACCCCAAUCGCCACGCGACGCUCACAGAUCUCGUCGAUUUCCAUAAGGAGGAAAUCAUCACUGUUUCAGGGGGAGAGUUGCUGCAGGAACCCUGUGGACAGAGGGACAGCCCGCCAGACUACCACCUGUUGUUUGAAUGAUUUCUUUUUCUCCUGAUCAGUUGGAUUCCUUUGGGAACCCUCUUUUUGAACUCAGCUUAAGAACUUGCCAGCUCGAAUCCUUGUGGACUCCUGGAAGAUCCAUCGCCGUUCAGAGGAACAAGUAGACUAGUAUGU